AUGUCGAAGAUGGAGCAGAAUUUACUGGACAGUCUUCUCGAUCUGGAAGAAGAGUUCUACAAGGAGGGCUAUGACUUGGGCGCUGCAGAUGGAGCGCAAGCUGGUUAUACCGAAGGCAGCGUGUUCGCAGUUGAGAAAGGCUUCGAAAAGUUCAUUGAGCUGGGAAGAUUAUAUGGCAAGGCUCUCGUCUGGGCACAAAGAAAUGCAGAAUGUGAUCCCUCCAAAGCGUCGGUACUGGACAAUAAAUCGAAAGACAUUUCUAUAACCGAGUCGGAGGACGGGGAGCCAAAAGAGGAAUUUCCCAUAGGCCCGUCCAUAUGCAAGGGGAUGCUGCCUCUACCAUCUAGCUCACGACUGGCCAAGAACCUUGACAUCCUCCUGGAAUUGGUUGAUCCCGCUUCUUUACCCAUGGAGAACACAGAAGAGGCUGUGACAGAUGUUGAUGAGCGCCUGAGAGGUGCCAUGAUCAAAGCCAAGCUUAUCCAGCGAGCGCUUGGAGAACGUGAAGAUACGAUGGACAUCCAUCCCGACGCUAAAGAUACCCCAACCGCUGGAGAUGGAACUGGGAGUAUUGAAGAUAUCAGCUCAUUGAACAUCCGCCAUUAA